AUGUCAUCUACAUUAUCAGCGUAUAGAAACGCUUUAAGAGCCACAAGAAUUGCUUUCCGCCAGGAUCUUCCUAUACUUCAAGCAGCAAGAAUGCAACUCAAACAAGGUAUAAGAGACAACUCGAAUUUGCAGACCCAACCAGAAAUAGAGGAAGCUGUACAAAAGUUGAAUGAUGUUGCUAAGUUCUUGAUUCAAAAUAUUGUUCAGGGAGAGAAACAGCAAGAUGGAAAGUAUUUUUUGAAUUUCCAUGAAAAAACGGAGUUGGGUGACAAUGAAACUAUCAAACAAGGACGAAAAGAAAUGGGGAGUUUGGCAGGUAAAAAGGGAAACUCCAUCAAAUCUUGUAAAGACUAG